AUGUCGGCACUUUGUAUUCUGUCAGCCAUCGCACAGUCAGUCGGUGUGCUUGUCGCAGGUCCACUGUUCACCAAUCUGUUUCGGCUGGGUAUGCAUCUCGGAAAUGCCUGGAUGGGACUGCCGUUUCUACAGGCAUCACUCUUCUUCGUCAUGGCCGUCGCUGCCAUCUGUCAAAUUCAGCUUGGACCGCCGGCUCGGGGAAACAACGACGAGGAGCAGGAACCUCUUUUAUCGGCCUAG